AAGUUUCAACUACCACCCCAACAAAGUAAUAGCCACACACUAACGAAAAAGCAAAGUCCAAAUGUCCAAUUUCUCAUCAUUUCUUUAGCCUUUAUCUUUUCUUUUCCUUCAAUGUCUUAACUUUCAGCUUUAUAAAUAUUUCCAAAACACAUUUAUUUUCCUUUCAAACAACACAACAAAUUAGCCAUGGAUUGGUUUUCUUGGCUGUCCAAAACAGAACUAGAGCCAUCACUUGUUUAUGAAUAUGGCCUAGCAUUUGCUCAUAACGAGCUUGAACAAGACGACAUCCCUUACUUCAACCACGAAUUUCUCCAAAGCAUGGGAAUUUCUAUAGCCAAACACAGGCUAGAAAUUCUCAAACUUGCCAAGAAAGAGAGAGGAGCUGUUCCAAAUUCCAUGUCAAAGUUUCUCCUUGUAAUGAAACGUACCAAGAAACGUUUUUCCAAGUAUUUUAGGACAUGGGUUCUUCGUAGCGACGAAUCAGCUCUUGCUCUUGUGCCUAGAAGAAGUUACAGUUCAAGAGGGAAGAGAACAAUGCUUAAGAUGAAGAGAAACAAGAGUAGUGUUGUGGCACCUAAGCAAAAUACUUUAUUGCUUACAAAUGGUAGUCCUAUUUUCAUGCCUAGUUCAAGAAUUAAUAGUUUUUCGAGUCCUAUGGUUCAUGAUCUUCGUGGUGAUGAGAAGACGGAGCUAGAUUAUAGUGAUUAUUGGACUUCCUCAAUCAGGUGGGAUUCAAUGUUUCAGAAUCUGAAACCUACUUAAAUUUUCUUGUUUUGUUUUAUGGACUUAAAACUUGAUUGGUGAGAGAUGGAUUUUUUAUUCUCCCACCAAUCUUUUUUUGGUUUUGGAGUUUCUCGGGCUUUGGUUUGGGUGUUUUAAUUAGGAAUUUUAUUGUCAGUGUUUUUUGUAUUAGUGGUGGGGGUAAGCAUAAUUCCACUGAUUGUGUUGAUUGAUGAGGAUCUGUAUCAUUAAUUAGAUCGUCACCAUAUGGUUGUAUGGAAAUAUGCAGAUUGCUUAAUUUUGAAAA